AAUUUUUUUUUAAUAUAGUGUGUAAAAUUGUUGAUCGGAAGAGAGCGUUUGGGAGAGUGUGGAAGACGACGCCGGCUUGCCAUGGGCAACCACCGCUUCCUCCGUCUCCUCCACCCCUCCGAGGCCGGCGCGCCGCGGAAUUCCGACCAGCCCGAGCUCCACGAGGACGAUUUCCUAUGGUCCUUUCCCCUUUCUUCAUCCUCCUCCUCCGCCGGCUCGCCGCCGCCUUCGUUCAAUCGCCAGCGGAAUCCUUUCAAUCGAUCCGAAUCUGACCUCUCCGCCGCGAUAUUUAACGAUGGCGACGGCACCGUACACCGCAAUUCCUCCGUCAACCCUAAGGAUAUCUCUCAGGCAGCGAGGCGGGAGGAGGAGAAGCACCAUCUCGGUUCUGCUCCGGUGAACAUUCCUCUCUGGACGAAGGAGCUCCGCGUGAACGGCGAUCUGGCGACCGACAACGACGACGGCGCUCGCCGGACGACGGAGGAGGAAAUGGUUCCGCCUCACGUGAUGGUGGCGAGGUCGCACGUGACGUUCUCGGUGUUCGAAGGUCGGGGGAGGACGCUGAAAGGGCGAGAUCUCCGCCGUGUGCGCAACGCCGUCUUCCAGCAAACAGGUUUCAUCGAUUAGCUUCCAAAAUUCGCCGAUCAAUCAAUCAAUCAAUCUCUUCAUCAAAAUUAAUUUUGCGACGUCAAUUUUGAGCCGAACAUGAAAUCUCCAUCUCCUGUAAUUUUGAAUCCAUUACCAUUUUGUUUUUCCUCUUCUACACAUAUAUACAUGUUUGAAUAAAACUUUGUAUGCAUAUAUAUAUAUGUAUGUUUUUUGGGAAGAAUUCCAGAAUUGCU